AUGGUGGGAGGAAGACACUUUGAGUCCCAGACUCCGCAUUUCUUCAAGAUUAUUCUUUCUGAUGCCCUUCAAAAUGGAAGACUCGGAAUUCCAAAGAAAUUCGUGAGAAAAUAUGGGAGCAAUCUGUCGGACUUGGUUUUCCUCCAGGUACCCAGUGGUCAGGCUUGGGAAGUGGAACUGGUUAGGAGAACCGACGGCGUUUGGCUCCGAAGGGGAUGGCCAGACUUCGUGAAGCACUACGCCAUCAAGCAUGGUCAUUUCCUAGUGUUCAGAUACGAAGGAGGCUCUGCGUUUCGCGUGGUUAUAUUUGACAAGAGUGCUUCGGAGAUUAAAUACCCCAUUAUUACUGAAUUGCCAAAAAGGGAAGAAAAUGAAGGGGACACGUUAGUUGAGGUAUUUGAGGAUCAUUUUGAUCGGCCACUCCGAAUCCAAAGUAAAGAGCUGCCUUCAUUAACAUUAUUAUCUCCACCUUCGAAGAAGAAAAAAACAAACGAGUGCUUGUAUAAGCAGGCAGUUGGAGGUGGUGCAAGCAAUAUCGUCUGCGAUGUCAAUGCAGGCCUCAAUUCUAGCUGCUGGAAAAGGGAACGUCCCUUCAGAGGCGGUGAAAAAUCUGAGGCCUUAAAAAGAGCUGCUUCUUUCCAAUCUCCAAAUCCGUUCUUCCUGACUUUGAUGCAACCAUCUCUCAUUCGCCACUCUCUGAUAGUCUGCUCCCAGAUUGUACCGGCUGGCUUCGUUAGGAGGUACUUAGAACACAGCCACUUAAAGGGGACUCUGAGAGUUGGCUACAGGACAUGGUCUGUCAAGCUUCGCAUUUAUCCCCAGCCCAACUCCAAUAGCUUCAAGGGCAAAAUCUCUGCGGGGUGGUUCAAUUUCGCAAGGGACAAUGCUCUUCAAGUAGGAGAUAUCUGCAUAUUUGAGCUCCUCGAUUCAGACCUCAUAGUCCUCAAAGUCUCCAUCUUCAGAUGGAUUGCAUUUGAACUGCGUUGCCCUAAUGGUCAGCAAAAUUCUGCCUGCUUACUAGUUGUUGGAUAA